AUGUCAAAUGUGAAUGUGGUAACAAAGAAAAUGCGCACAGUGAAGUGGACUGCUAUGCGACGGGGGGAGGAGUUUCUAAACCCUUGCAAGUGCGCCUCAAAGAAAGACUAUUGUCACAAUAACGUACCCGAGGCCCGUGUCUCCAUGCCACAACCGACGAUAACGGAGCUGCAUAAGCCUCGGCUCACUCCAAUUAAGCCCGAGAGAACUCUGAUGAUAUCAAAGGCCGACCAUGAAGAGCCUGCACACAAGCAUAAUGAUAUAACUCUCAAUGGUGAAAUACCCAACGUCAUUUCCCGGACUCACACUAGCCACUCACCUUCGUACGUGGCUCAUCGCUCCCUGGAAUAUCUGCCUCUUUCGGCGCAAAACGUGUCCGUCAACGAAGAGAUUUCGGCGCACGUCGCUGGUAUCUUUUGUACUCAGAGUGCUCCCGGUGUUAGUUUCGAGAAUGACUUCAUACAAAAGGCUUCAGGACAGCCUCUCGACCAGAGCAACAAUCCAAACUCCCCACCAAACUUGGAUCCGUUUCCCAUAUUAAGUACCGGGAGUCUUUCACAAACGGAAAACUUGCCCUUCCGAGGGCAAUUAAACGGGCAGUUCGACAAUCAGCUCGACAGACAUCUUGUGGCCUCACAGAAAUUUGAUGCCCCUCUGCUUCCUGCGAUUCGGAGUGCUCCGUGGAUGGAUUGGCCCAUUUUCAAUGUGUCUUGUCCAAAGACCUACUCAACAUCCUAUAGCCAGAAUCCAUCGUAUGCGAGCUUUGAUGACCCCUAUUUCGGCUUUCCUGAUCUCACUCCCUUGUCGGACGAUAUACCGGAAGUAGAAAAAUUUUUGCCAUUCCUCACCGUUGACGCUGCAUCCCAUAGCGACGCCUACGGAUCUGCCAGUCGUAGUGACGAGUCCGAAUCAGAUCUGAAUCAAAUCACUCCUUUUUCCGACGGUGAUACGACGCACGCGCUACCUCUAGCACCGAGCAAUCCGAAGUCCAUCGACAUUGAUGAAAUUUUGAAACUAGCAGAAACUGAUGCUAACGCCUUUCAAAGGCAGCUGUAG